AGAGGCUACAAGUGCUGCGGCUGGUGAGCGGGGUACUUUCCCGAGGAGCAGCUCAGGGACUAGCGCGCGGUGCUCUAGGCUCACUGGGUGGCCAAAGCAGGAGACUCUCUGGAAGCUGCUGGGGGAUGUCUCACUAGCCCGAAUGGAGCUCCACUACCUUGUUAAGAAGUGCAGCCAGGCAGCCCCGUGUGAUGCUGCUGACUGGAGUUCAAGAGGGCCUCCCGAGGACCAGGCAGAUGUAGCAGCCACCAGAGCUGCUCUCUGCUGCCAGAGAGGUUGUACCUUGAAGCCAAGAGCACUGGAGAUGGAAGCAUCUCAACUUAGCCCUUCCCCAGCAUCCCCUUCCCCCUCACUGAAAGACAGUGCUAUUCACACAGACUCGUUGCCACCAGGACCUCUCAACUCAGGGAACAACCAGAUAACAGCAGAACAGAAAGUCUGCAACUGCUGCAGCCAGGAAUUAGAAACCUCUUUUACCUACGUGGACGAGAAUGUCAACCUGGAGCAAAGGAACAGACACUCCCCUUCAGCAAAAGGGAGUGAUCACCUGGGAGACCUCGGCUGGGGAAAUCCAAAUGAGUGGUCCCACGAGUCUGCCAUCUCCUUGAUUUCCGAAGAUGAAGAUGAUACCAGCUCGGAAGCCACCUCUUCAGGGAAGUCAGUAGACUAUGGUUUCAUAAGCGCCAUCUUGUUCUUGGUCACUGGCAUCUUGCUGGUGAUCGUCUCAUACGUUGUCCCACGGGAUGUGACCGUGGAUCCCAACACUGUGGCGGCCCGGGAGAUGGAACGCCUGGAGAAGGAGAGCGCGAGGCUGGGGGCUCACCUGGACCGCUGUGUGAUUGCCGGACUCUGCCUGCUCACACUUGGGGGGGUCGUUCUGUCCUGCUUGCUGAUGAUGUCUAUGUGGAAGGGGGAGCUAUACCGUCGUGACAGGUUUGCCUCCUCCAAAGAGUCUGCGAAACUCUAUGGUUCCUUCAACUUCAGGAUGAAAACUGGCACUAAUGAAAACACCCUGGAACUGUCACUGGUGGAGGAAGAUGCUCUCGCUGUACAGAGUUAAUUCUGGUUGUGAACUUAAGAGUCUGCCUUGGUAUUUUAUAUGAACAAAACAAAGCAAAACACAUUCCUUAAAAUUACUAGUGCAGUUUAUUUGCCUGGCAAGAAAAGUUUGUUUCCCAAACCAACAGCCAGUGAGAGUUUUUGCUCUUGUAUUUUUUAUUUAGAAGAAAAGCCAUGUAAGACGCAUUAAGAAAUCACAGCCAGCUACACUGGUCCUUCUAAAGAGCUGAGACUAAUUAAUCUGUAAUGGCCACCUGUUUCUUCUAUUAAUACUUCUAUAGCAAAAUAUUUCUAACAAUUCAGUGUUCAAAUUAUUUCUUUUACACGAUACGGGAUAUUUUUCUUUAGACACUAGAAGGUAUAGAACCAAUUAGUAACUAUUUUGUGAAAAAGAAUGUAAGCACUAAUCACAUAAGGCUUACAUUUAAUUCUCAAAGGUGCUUAUCCAUUUUCUUACUCAACUUAUUCUUUCUGUAAUUUGGCUAAACAUUAAAAUAUGGGGUUUUGAAUUUGAAUAUUUUGAAGCUUGAAGACACUGACUAUUAAAAAAUGCAAAAACACAUAUGUUAUACUCAAAAUUAUUCCUGUACUCAGAAGUGGUAAUUAAGUCAUUAAAAUAAGCUUUCUAAUAAAAUUAUAUAAAUCAGCCAAUCUGAAUUUAACCCAGAAUGGUAGUGCCAGAUAUUAGCCAGUGUCACAUGCCCGUUUUCUAGAUAAGUAAAAUUAAUUGCUGAUAUAAACCUCAUUUUCUGUUUGUGAUUUAGCCAUCAUAUAUGUUACACAUGCUGAAGUCUUUCCUGGUUCUCACUCCAGAGAAGUAAGCGUAAGAUGUUUUUAUCCUAUUUCCAGAUACCUACACAUCUAGGCAGAUUGAGUCAUAAUCGGCUCAGGCACACUCCCAGGUUGUUGUUGUUUGGAGAAAACCUCCAAUACAAGUGCAGCUAGACUCAGGGGGACUGUGCCUAGAAACUGGUAUCACUUGUUCUAGGUCAAGUAACAAGUCUUUGCCCCAGGAUGGCAGCAGUCCUCAAGCUCACAGCCAAAAAAUAAAAAACUAAAAUGAGACGAGAGAGACUGAACACACUGAAUCCAUGGGAAAUGUACUUCUCACCCGAACUUACUUCCUGCUAACAAUCGUCUAAGGCAUCAUUCUGAGCACCUUAUAUCCAGGCUCUCAUACCUGUGAGAUCUUGCCUCAUAAAUUCAGACUUACUUUAUUAGAAGCACCAUAAGCAAAACAGUAACCAGUUUGCAAAACACACACCUAGAAUCCCUGCUAACUCAGUGUCUCUAUGGGUUAUGGUUUAAGAAGGGGAUGAAGAAUGCAGCCUCAGAAAUAUCUUGCAUUUUACAGCUCUUCAUCCAGGUGUUUUUAUCCUCCCAUUUCAAGAGUAGUUUUAGUUUCAGUUACUGUGUUACCAGGGUUGUUUGGGCCAUUCUUAAAGAGGACUAGAGCUGGGAAUCAGGGUGGAGAGCAGGGGAGGGGAAGUGAGAAAGUGAUUUCUUUGUAGAUUCUAAAGCCUGAUUCUAAUGUCUGAAGUUUUUGUUGUUAUUGAAGACUGUGGAGUAUGUGGGUGACUCUGGCUGGCAGAGUGUGUGAGUCAGGAUAUUUAUGUGAAUGAGCUCUUGUGGGUGUCAGGUUGAUUUGAUGAAUUGGGUACACUGUGUUGGUAAGGGUUAAAGUGAAAUGCAAAAGAGAAGAUCAGAGAAUAAUAAAAAUAGUGAGGACAGAUGUGUGAAAGAAUUAUUAGGUUAAAAUGGUAAAUUAUAUGGAUCUCAGAAGAAGCUAGAUGUAACUGGAUUACCUUAUCCUUUAUAAGAGACCAUUACUGAUUGGGAAUAAUUGGGAUAAUACAGACAUGAUUUCUGUUUCCUAUAGCUGGUUCUUUGUGCUUUUUGAAGAAACUUUGUUUUACCGUGACUCAUGUGUUGAGGCCAGCUUUUCCCAGCAGUAUAAAUUUCAUAUCCUGAAGGUUUAUAUAUAAUAUAAAUUGUCAGAUUCUAGCCUGCUUGAGGAUGUACAAUGCAUGAUGUUGAGGCAACAAGGGAAUGAUCUCUUUGGCUGAGUUAGUAGGUCUGAGCUGUGUGUUAUUUUUAAAAAAAUAUACUGUACAAAGUACAUGUUUAUUCAUAAACACUAAUUGGCAUCCUCUGAGCUUUGUUUUUAUUUAUUGAUGAAUCAAGAUUAGUCAAAUUAGUCAAAUUGCAGACUUAAAACAAUUAAUGAGUAGCCUGAAUUUCAGGUUGUGAAGGAAGACAAAUUUGAGAUUCAAACGUUAGAAAAUUUUUUCAGUUCUGUAAAGUUGGUGAUAAAGGAAAAAAGUCAAAGCUUUUCAUUUGGAAGUAUUUUAUGAUUUUUGUAGUGCUACCAAAUUAUACAUAGUUCCGAUGUGAUCUACAGGAUAUAUAUUCACACACACACACACACACACACACACAUGCUUAGUUGCUCAGUUGUGUCUGAGUCAUUGCAACCCCGUGGGCUGUAGCCUGCCAGGCUCCUCUGCCCAUGGGAUUU